AUGCUGAGGGAGGAAGUAUUUGGCAGAGGAGAGAAUGAGGGAGGGGCAGUUGAUCCCUCCAUGAUCAGCCAGGAAAAUGAGACGGUGGAUGGAUUUGUCUGGUUUGAUCCUGGGAGGAUAGAGGCUCUUGAUAAUAGGUGUGAUCCCAUCUUUGUUGUUGAAGAGGGCGAAGACGGCAGCUCUGCCCUGGUGUUCCUUAUCCCUACUCCCUGUUCCCAGGCCCUCAAGGCCAUCCACACCCCAGGACAUCUACUGGUAAGGGUGGUGGUAGAGAUUACCAGGGGUAUAGAGGAUUUAGAGAGGAAGUGUAUGGAGGAGGGAUGCAAGUGGUGCAAGUUGGACAAGUCCGCCUGCACCAUAAGUAGGAGUAAGCAGACAAAGAAGUGGAGGAUGUCCUGCAACAAGUGCAGCCAUGAGAAGUACAAGUGUGUGUGGGACAACAAUGCAAGCCUGGGGUGCAAGUUCUGGAAGCCAAUGGCCUCAAAUCCAGAAGCAUCAGAGGCUCUGGUUACUGCUCCUGACCAUCCCAUUAAGAUUGGGCCACCACAUGGAGCACACAAGCUGGUUUACCAGCCCCAUGCCACAGCUGGGACCUUCACAAGCAGGAUCCCCCCACCUUCAUGA